CUAUCGCAAAUAGAAAGAUUAUUUAAUAAAACAAUUUGUUCGAGCUCAUUACAAAUACUUACUUGUCGUUUGGAUCAGUUCUACUACAAACGAAAUAAAUAUGAAACUAUACUUAAUUUUUGUUUUUGCCUUUUCGUGCGUACGAUGUGAAGACGAAUUCUGUGAAAUAAACGCCUGCGAGGCUCUGAGCAAAAGCGAGAUGAAUUUGAAGGAAUUUUCUGAUAGUCUGGAGAAAGAUGGAGAGGAUGAGUAUAUGGUGAAACUGGAGAGGAGAGUCAGGUCUUUGGAACAACCAGUGUGGGAAAUUUCUAACGUAAAUGAAAGAUGGAUAGAAUGUGGAAAAGGCCCAUGUAAAUGCACACCAGAACUCAAGGGAGUAAGUUGUUGGCAAAGCAAUUUAUCUGCUAUACCCGAUGAACAAGUCUUGCCUCAAGACGUUAUAACCAUGGAUUUAGGAAUAAAUUUAUUAACAACUUUAAACAAGAAUGUGUUCAGAGGAAUGACAUACCUUAGAGAAUUGGAUCUCUUUGAUAAUAAAAUUGACCACUUACCAGGGAACAUUUUUGCUGUAUUGGACAGCUUAAAAUAUUUGCGUUUGCACAAAAACAAACUCGAAGAACUCUCUCCAAACCUCUUAGCAUUCCAAAGAAACCUUCAAACAUUUGAUGUUUCGGAUAAUUUUUUAAAAUACCUCCCGACGAAGAUUUUUAAAGGAUGCCCCAAUCUUAUGCUACUUCAUUUAUCCCGGAAUAGAUUGAAAAAUAUUCCCGAAGCUGUUUUUAAUAACUUGGAGGUUCUGGAAGAUUUGGAUUUAAGUAAUAAUUUACUGGAAACGGUGCCAAAGUUUGCUUUUACAGAUUUAAAGUUUUUGAGAAGGUUGUUUUUAGCAGAAAAUAAUAUAACUUUAUUGCCUACAGGCAUUUUUGAUACACUUGUUAAUCUGCAGGAACUGAAUUUGCGAAAAAACCAAAUAUCUUAUUUGCCACCUCAUAUUUUUGAUAAAUUGCAGAAUCUGCGAAUUCUACAAUUAACUAACAACAAAAUAAGUCAAAUAGGCGAAAAUGAUUUCAAAAGACUAACAAACAUAUUAGAACUUCACGUAGGCCAGAACUACAUCAACGACUUGCCAGAAAAUGCUUUUGUUGAAAAUAGAAACAUGGAAAAAUUAUUUCUCUUUUCCAACAAUUUGGAAGAGCUCAAGGAGCGAACAUUUAACGGUUUAGUUAGCCUAACAUCGAUGUUAAUUAAUAACAACAUUUUAAAAGAUAUUGAUGGAAGGGUGUUUGCUUAUACUCCAAGCCUACAAAAACUGCAUUUGGACAGCAAUAAGUUUCAUUUUUUGCCAUCAAAAAGUCUUGAUUUUCUCACUCAAUUAGUAUCUAUAAAAUUGGCAAAGAAUCCAUGGCAUUGUGACUGUAACAUCUUGUAUUUAUCCAAAUGGAUAAAUAGUAACAAAGAUAAACUAUGGGACACCCAGCCUGCUUGUCGAGGACCUGGAGAUUUAGGAGGAUCUCUACUAGAAGAUAUGACGUUUGAAAACCUUUGCGAUGGACAGUGGGCAAGUAUGCUGAACCUUUCACCUCGGGUACCUAUAAAAAAUAAGCAUAUAGAAGAGACUGGAAAAAACGAGUCUUUAGGUCAGGGAAUUAAACCUGUAGGUUAA